UCGGGGGAUUGUGGGAUAGUGGCGGACGGAGCCGGGUGUCUGCGGCCCUGAAGCCGACUGCAAAGCCCGGGAGUCUCGCCGGUGUGGGGAAGGGGGCGGUGGAGGAAGUGGGCCUCGGCUUCCGUCAGCCGUUGCUCAGCACUGCGGCCUGUUCUGACUGCGGAGUAGGACGCCUUCUGUGACCGGCCCUUGCUUUUCCGCGGGGCGCGCCGGGCCGGGGAAACCGGGGCGACUUCCCAGCUGAGGGCUUACGCGGGCCUCGCGACCCCGCCAACCUCCCUCAGACACCUCGCCCGCGGGCCCCGGACCCCCGCCCUGCCCGACCGGCGCUGACCCCCGAAACUCUGGAACUCGGCGCGCGAGGGCCCCCCUAGGCCCGAGACGCGUGCGCGAGCCCCGGCGCCAGGGCGAGACCCCGCCGCCGCCCCCCGCCCCCACAUACCGGCUCCCUGAGGAGGGGCCGGAGCCGCCGGCGGCGGGGCGGGGGGGGCGCCCCGAUGAGCCCCGAGUGCGAGGAGCCGCCGCCCCCCCGCGCAGGGCGCCAUGUUUUGGAAGUUUGACCUGCACACGAGCUCGCACCUCGACACGCUGCUGGAGCGGGAGGACCUGAGCCUGCCUGAGCUGCUGGACGAGGAGGACGUGCUGCAGGAGUGCAAGGUCGUCAACCGAAAGCUGCUGGACUUUCUGCUGCAGCCGCCACACCUGCAGGCCAUGGUGGCCUGGGUCACCCAGGAGCCGCCGGCCAGCGGCGAGGAGCGGCUGCGCUACAAGUACCCCAGCGUGGCCUGCGAGAUCCUGACGUCGGACGUGCCCCAGAUCAACGACGCGCUGGGUGCGGACGAGUCCCUCCUGCACCGGCUUUACGGCUUCCUGCAGAGCAGUGGCAGACUCAACCCGCUGCUGGCCAGCUUCUUCAGCAAGGUCAUGGGCGUCCUCAUCAACCGCAAGACCGACCAGCUCGUGUCCUUCCUGCGGAAGAAGGACGAUUUUGUGGACCUGCUGCUGCAGCACAUCGGCACCUCGGCCAUCAUGGACCUCCUGCUGCGCCUCCUCACCUGUGUGGAGCGGCCGCAGCUGAGGCAGGACGUGGUCAACUGGCUCAAUGAGGAGAAGAUCGUCCAGCGGCUCAUCGAGCAGAUCCACCCAUCGAAGGACGACAACCAACAUUCCAACGCAUCCCAGUCCCUGUGCGACAUCAUCCGCCUGAGCCGGGAGCAGGUGAUCCACGUGCAGGACAGCCCGGAGCCUGACCAGCUGUUGGCCACCCUGGAGAGGCAGGAGACGAUCGAGCAGCUGCUGAGCAACAUGUUGGAGGGGGAGCAGAGCCAGUCCGUCAUCGUGAGCGGGAUCCAGGUGCUACUGACGCUGCUGGAGCCCAGGAGGCCCAGGUCCGAGUCUGUGAUUGUGAACAACUUCUUCAGCAGCAUGGAUGGGCAGCUGGAGCUUCUGGCCCAGGCAACCCCGGACAGCGCCGUGUCCAGCGUGGGGACCCUGCAUGCCCUGCGCCCACGGCUCAGCCGCUUCCACCAACUCCUGCUGGAGCCGCCCGAGCUGGAGCCGCUGCGCACGACAUGGGGCAGCCUGGCCCCGCCGCUGGGCAACACGCGGUUGCACGUGGUCAAGCUGCUGGCCAGCGCCCUGAGCGCCAGCGAUGCGGCCCUGACCCAGGAGCUCCUGGCGCUGGACGUGCCCAACACCCUUCUGGACCUCUUCUUCCACUAUGUGUUCAACAAUUUCUUGCACGCCCAAGUGGAGGUGUGUGUGAGCACGAUGCUGAGCUCCGGGCCCCCUUCCAACAGCAGCUCUGACACACCUGCCCAGAACCCUGUCGUGAAACACCUGCUGCAGCAGUGCCGCCUGGUGGAGCGCAUCCUGACCUCUUGGGAGGAGAACGACCGCGUGCAGUCCGCAGGGGGCCCUCGGAAAGGCUACAUGGGCCACCUGACAAGGGUGGCCAACGCCCUGGCGCAGAACUUGGAGAAGGGGCCCAACGCCGAGCAGCUGGGGCAGCUGCUGAAGGAGCUGCCAGAGGAGCAGCAGGGGCGGUGGGAGGCGUUCGUGUCGGGACCCCUGGCGGAGACCAACAAGAAGAACACGGUGGACCUGGUGAACACCCACCACCUGCACUCCUCCAGCGACGACGAGGACGACAGGCUCAAGGAGUUCAACUUCCCGGAGGAGGCGGUGCUGCAGCAGGCCUUCAUGGACUUCCAGAUGCAGCGCAUGACCUCAGCCUUCAUCGACCACUUUGGCUUCAAUGACGAGGAGUUUGGGGAGCAGGAGGAGAGCGUGAACGCGCCUUUCGACAAGACGGCCAACAUCACCUUCUCCCUCAACGCCGACGACGACAACCCCAACGCCAACCUGCUUGAGAUAUGCUACAAGGACCGGAUCCAGCAGUUCGAUGACGAGGAGGAGGACGAGGAAGAGGGCCAGGGUUCGGGGGGGUCUGAUGGAGAGGAUGGUGCCUGGCAGGGCGGCCAGCUGGCCAGGGGGGCCCGCCUGGGCCAGCCCCCGGGUGUGCGGAGCGGAGGCAGCACAGACAGCGAGGAGGACGAGGACGACGAGGAGGACGAGGACGACGAGGAUGGUGACCGGCGGGUGGCCCGUGGCAGGGCUGGGCCCACCUCUCACCCCAGCCCUGGCCCCCAGCCUCCAGACCCCAGCUGGACAGCUACCUUUGACCCAGUGCCUGUGGAUGCCCCGACCGGCCCCCAAGCCUGCAGGGAGAAGGAACUGCACUCUGGGCCCCCUGCCCCACAGGAGCCCCGCAGCGGGCCCCCGGACCUCCCUGCCCCGAGCCCAGCUGGCCCUGCGGCCCCCAGCACCCUGCAGCUCAGGCUCCUUCUCUUGCCUCCUAGGUCUCAGGAUCCCAUCCCUUCCUCAGCACCUCAGGAAGCCACAGACGGCAGCAAAGUAGCGGAGCCCUCGGCCCCCUGCCAGGCCUUGGUCAGUGCUGGGGACCUCCAGGCCACCCUCAGAGGGACGCACCCCGCCCCCAGCUCCUUGGACAGUGCAACCAGAGACCCUGCUACCUCUGUCCCGGCCCCCAGGGCCCACCAGCCCCCCCAGACCACGGAGGGGGUGAAGAGCCCAGAGUCCUUGGGGCUCCCCCGAAGCCAGAGGGGGAGAGAGUGGGCAGGCGGGGAGCCAGAAGGAAGCAGGGCUGGGCGGCAGUGGCUUGGACCUUCACCCUGUCCCACUGGGGCUGCUGUGGUGAGGGUCCUGAGGCUGCUACCCACCCUCCCCUCCCACCAUGCCCACCCACCCUCCGGUGCAGACGCCCACACCCACACUUGGCCUUUCAGCUCAGGUCCACCUUGGGGGAGGGCCCGAGUGGGGUCGUGCCUUUGCCCAAAUCCCCUUGCCUCGGACCCUGCACUUUGACCCAGGCCGGGAGCUAAAAGACCCUCCACCUGGCCCAGCCAGCUCUGUGGGAGGGAGCUGGGAGUCCUGGCCCCAGGGGGCCUCCCCGGUGACAUUCCCUCGGGGCCCUGACGCACUCACUGAGACCCCCCCCCAUCUCCCAUGGACUCUGGGGUGGGGGUCUGGCUGGGGUCCCCGUCCUACUCCCAAGGGUCUGGGGUCCAGCCCAGCUGCCAAGUGACCUUGUCCCAGCUCCCUCUCCCCAGGCUGGCGUGAGUGUGCGUGUUUGUGCCGAGCUUCUGUUUCAUAUUGCAAAUAUAAACAAAUAAAGGAAGACCGUUGAAGACUCUU